AUGAACGGUACCACGCAGACGUCUAAACAUGGCAGACCGGUUCCGGCUGGCGUUACUCCCCCAGCCCCUGCUACCGCACCGCCAGCACCGCCAGCACAUCAAGCUCCAAAUAAUCGUCAGGUGAAUGGCCUUACAACUAAUGGCGCACAUGCGCCUGUCCAGAAAGGGAAGAAGAAGGCCGUCGAGCAGCCAGUUGAUCCGUCUCAAAUGUACGAGACCUUGAAGAACCGUAUAGCAGCACUGGAGGAGGAGGAAGUGCACGAAGAAGAGGAAGAAAGGAGAUUUGCGGAGGAAGCGCAGGAUUCUGUAUCAGGGAUGAGCGAGAAUGCCAUACACUCAAAGUACAUCGAGCUUAACCCGAGGCAGCGACUCAUUCCUGAUCAGUUUGCAGAGCUAAAGCGGGUAGAGCGAGACCACGCCAAGGAGAAGCAGAAGCUAGUCAAAGACAAGGAUGCAGCGAAAAGCCAACUAACCAAAGCGAAUCAAACGAAAACAAAGAUGGAGAACUUGGCUCGGGAGCUCCAGAAGGACAACAAGAGACUACGGGAGGACAGUAAACGGCUAGCAGCAUGUGUGGAGGAGGCACAGGAUGAGAUCUUGCAAAUGAAAAACGACAUGGCGAAGCGCGCGGAACGGGCGAAGAUUCAGGAGAGCAAGUACCGGGAAACACCUGAUAUCGUCGUCAGGGUGCAUUGCAAGUACCGUGCAGAGCUGUAUUUCAAAAUAUCGCGGAAGACCAAACUUUCUAGAUUGUUCAACGCUUGGACGGAGCGCAUGGAACUGGGUCCUGGGAAGAAGAAUGAUGCAAAGGGUUCGCUUGGUUCACUGCAGCCAAAUGGCAUAGCUUUUGCGAAUGCCACGAGCACUAGUGCAACAUCAUCUCUCCUGUCAGGUUCCAUGCAGUUUAUCUUCACACACGCAGGGCGAAAUCUAGAGGCAGACCAAACUCCAGAGGAAGCAGGAAUUGAGGAUGGAGAUGUGAUUUUGGCCGUCGAGAUCAUGGAUCUCACUGAGGGACCGGGGACAGAGGAACUGGUCAGUCAAGAACCGUUGGGCGCCACAUUUGGUGAGCGAUUCAUCGAUCUCAUACAGGACGAACCAGAGCCUCGACGUCAGAAGUUGAAGAAGGAGUGGGUUGAAAAUCCUCGAGAAGCGAGAAAGACGGUGGAAGAAAUAUUCGAUGGAGUUGUUCGUGAACGUCUGAAAGAGGUUCUGCGUCAAUACGAGCUCAGAGAGCGACACUUUGAAUGUGUCAUACGAUCCAAAGAGUUGGAGGUCCUCCUAUCUCGAGCGCGUGCUGCGGAACAAAAACAACUGGCAGAAGGGGAGAAGACUCGAGGCGAUAAGCUUGAGGAAGACACCCACAAGCUGCGAAAAGAGUUGCACGAGGUGACGGAACAGCAGACCAAUUUAGUGAACAAGCUGCUGGCAUGCUGUCAUGAGUCGGGCGACGAACGGAUACAACGGCUGUUUGGUUCACUUCGAGAUGAGCUAGAGACACACAGGAAGUCAAAUGCUAACGGAAAUCCGACACGCCCGCCAGAAACAGAGGUAAUCUAA